GGAAGGCGGCCGGGCCUUAAAUUCACAAAAUCCGGCCACCGUCGCUUCAGCGGUGAGAAGCGGCGCCCGCCCCAGCCUCCGUGAAAAACGAAUGGGCGACUCCUGCGCGCUGAUUGGAAGGCGAGCCAAGCUGGUUGCUCCGGCGGGCGGCGCUGUUCGGCUGGAGCGACGCUUCUCGUUGCUCUGGCAACCGACUGUGCGGCCUGGGCUGCCGGAGGGCAAAAUCAGCGUGAUUGGGGGAUAGUCGGUGAAAGGACCGUUUGAGACGUUCAGGUAUAUAAACAAUACGUGAGAGAAGUAUUGCCUCAACCUUCCAAGAUGCAGGAGCCUGUUGCUGGAGAUCUCAAUGCACUCCCUCCUCCAAGUCGCAUCACAAUAAUGAACCCUGCAGCGAAUCCCCGGCGAAUGCGACGGAUUAUUGCUGAGGAUCCUGAGUGGAGUCUAGCAAUAGUUCCUCUGCUAACAGAGCUCUGCAUUCAGCACAUAAUCAACAACUUUGAAAACAAUCCUAUUUUGCAUAGCCUCCUUCCUGAGCACCAGAGGAAGGUGCUGGACAAGAUCUCUACAAGUCUGCCCCUCACUGUGACUGCCAAUCUGAUUAGUGACGAAAACUAUUGGAAACGUUGUUGCACGGAGAGAUGGACAGUUUGUGAUGUAUCCCACUAUGGAAAUAGCUGGAAACAGAUGUUUUUUGAAAGGUAUCUGGAGAACAUUUUGAAGUUCUACAUUCCAGAUACCACUAGCCCGAACCAAGUCCUGGAUAUCAUCCCACUGUGCAAGGAAUACGUGAGAAAGCUGGAAAUUGAUCAGUUCCUUCCACCAGUUAAAUUAGAUCAGAAGAAAGAAGAAGAAGAAGUUUCUGAUACUGAAAGUGACGCUGGAAUAGAUGAACCUUCCAUGGACCAUUUCGAUAUGAGUAUGCUCAUUCCAGCCCUUUGUCACCUAGAGGAGUUGCACCUGUCUUAUGGUGUUAAAGACUGUGGCAUGAAUUUUGAAUGGAAUCUUUUUGAGUUCACUUACCGGGACUGUUUCUCACUGGCUCAAUCUCUCAAGAAGUGUCUCACUCUGAAAGUCUUCAAAUUAACCCGGAGCAAAGUGGAUGAUGAUAAGGCACGGAUACUGAUAAAACAUCUAUUAGACCACCCCUCACUCACAGAGCUAGAUUUAUCCCACAAUCUGAUUGCAGACCGGGGAACACGGGCUGUUGGCAAGCUAAUCAACUGCAGCAAGCUGGUGACUCUUAACCUUUGUGAUAACAGGAUCCGGGCUACAGGAGCCCAAGCUAUUGCUCAUGCCCUGUCUAAGAAUUCUACCCUAACGUCCCUAAAUCUGCGUCUCAACUGUAUCGAGGAUGAGGGAGGCCAAGCUAUCUGCCAUGCCCUCCUGGUGAACAGCACAGUGACAACUCUUCACUUGGGUGGCAAUGAGUUAUCAGAACCAACAGCUACUCUUUUUUCUCAAGUCCUAGCUCAGAAUACUACUUUGACACACAUCAACCUUUCCUGCAACCACAUUGGGCUAGAUGGAGGGAAGCAGCUUCUGGAAGGCAUGUCUGAUAACAAGACUGUGGUGGAAUUUGAUCUGAGGCUGGCAGAGGUGGGACAAGAGAGUGAAUACCUCAUUAACCAGGCUAUAAAGACCAAUCAGGAAUUAGCCCGGCUCAGAACCUUACAUCAUUCAAGCUCCAACCAUGUUCCAACCUCUCCUGAAGAAAAAAAGUCCUGAGGUCAUCUAACAUCUGUAUAUUAUCAUAAAUUUCACCUAUGUUUAUUUAAGAUAAGCAUUCUGGUCUGAAAUUCUCCCUUCUCAACUAGGUUUGAGCUUGGCUGAAUGUGAAUUCAUAAUACCUUUUGUUUAAAGCCUUUAUAUCUAUUUCCAAUGACGUGCUGAAACUGAGUCUUUAAGUAAAGUACAGGUAAGUGGAACUACCAUAUAUACCUUCCCUCUUCAGCAUUGCUUUCCCUUGUUCUUUUGUAUCAAAUUUUAGAUUACAUCCUCU